AUGUCGUUUGAUAUUCCAAUGAAGGUUACCCCGGAGACAACUCUGUCUGACGUCAUAGAAGCAACCAUUCUAGAUGGAAUCACCGACGUCGAUGAUCUGCUGGAUUUCCUGUCUGACACAGUGGCGCCACCUGGUACUACUACUCAAACAUAUAGCGAGACCAACACUACCAACCCUCACCCAGAGACCACCACUACCCAUCCUCACAACGAGACCAACAUAACCCAUCCGCACCCCGAGACCAACAUAACCCAUCCUCGCCCCGAGACCACCACCACCCAUCCGCGCCCCGAGACCACCACUACCCAUCCUAGACCCGAGACCACCACUACCCAUCCUAGACCCGAGACCACCACUACCAACCCUCACCAAGAGACAACCACUAUUCGUCCUGAAUUAGAGAUCACCACCUCUUCCCGGCCUCACGAUGAGACCACUACUCGCAUCAACUCUACUCCACAAAAGAAGUCUGCCCGCAGUCCCAUCUCUGAAUCCAGACCUGACUCCAUCUUCAGUUUGCUGUCUUCCAACUCCCCACCAUCCACUCCUCUACUCAACCACCCUUUCUUCUGUGAGCUCCGAACUGUCCUCCUUGAUGAGUGUAAGAAGUCUGCCACACCCAACUCCCUCUUGUCUACUUUCCAACCCAAGUCCUACUCCACUGUCUCAGACAGAGAGCGUCGACUACAGCAGAUGUUCAAGAGACUUCACAGUGUCCAUGGUGGUGAAAUCCAGCAACUGUCCAGCUUCUACAGGUACCAGGCCGGAGCAGUGGAAAUGGAACGUCUACAGAGCCUACAAGACAGUCCUACUGCCUACCACCCAUCUGUCAACAGUUACUAUGACAACCAACUUCACCUCAUCAUGGACCGUGUAGAGACUAGCCUCGACGGACUUGAUACCACCACUCGUGAGAGAACCCGUCACCAGAGUGAGCCACUGUCAGCCCCGAGUCGUCCACUGUCCAGACCCGUUCUGUCCCGGAAGGCCGUCAGACUGAUGGAAGAAUGGUACUACCUCAACACUGAGCACCCCUACCCGUCACCAGAUGUCAUUUACCGCCUCGCCGAGCAAGGUCACAUCAAGGAGGAGCAGGUGAAGAAGUGGUUCAGUAACAAGAGAAGUCGUACACACAACACCAAGACACUCUCCGAGAUCUCCAAGAGACGCCGCCGACCCCAGGGAUCCCCUGGCGUGAUCUACCUACCCAGCUUGGACUAUUUUUGA